AACCAUGAACAUCCGAUAGAAAAAAAAACAAAAUUUUUUGAAAAGUGAAAACAAAAAAUAGACCACCGAUUUUUUUUCUUUUUUUUUUUGUUAUUUUCGGGUUUGACAAUGGUGUCGAAAGGGGUGGUGUUGUCAUGUCACGGGGUGGUUUGGUUGGGCGCGGUGGCGCUUGCGCUGUGGGCGGGCGGCGCGCGCGCAGCUGUGCGCUACGACACCGCUACGCCGCAUACUCCGCCCUACAGCAAGUAUAAAUAUAUACCGUUGCAUGUCGACGAGAUCCCCGAAGCUUCCCUCUCGUCUCCCGCUGAAGAGUCUUCGAGCAGGAUGCCCAUCUCGGAGUUCAUCCUGACGGCACUGCGCACUGCCCUGGACGUCGUCAGGAAUGUGAACAAGCAGAGAGCCAUUGCCGCGUCUACUGUCAGUAAUAAUACUGCUGUUGCGGUCCAACACCCGAAACGAACUAGAACGAAGCCAAGGAACGGGACAGUGGGUACUGGCAGAGGCUUCGAAGACUACUAUGACGAGGAUCACCACCACCACUAUGAAGAGACCACCACCGCCAAGCCGAUGAAGCAGAAGGCGAGGUACACCGACCCCUGGGCGGGGUACUACGACUGGAUCAUCAACGAGGGGUCCUUCAAGUUCUGGAGUGUGUUCCAAUUGUUCACGGCAGCACUACUCCUGUACGCGUGCCUCUCAGCUAUCUACUACGCGAAGUUCAAUCCGAUCUUACCCGACUACGACAGGGAGUAUGACGACUACUUCCUGGAGCGCACAGUCGGCAGACAAGCCAGGAGUCUGGACCCCAGUGAGCUACCCUCAGGACACAGUUGGAUCAACCCCAGGACCUUCCAGUUUAUAUUAGACGCUAUAGCCAAACAUUAUGAAGAGGAAUAGGGUGUUAGAUUAGGUAAUGGUAGGUUAAUACGGGGUAACGAUGAUUUUAUGACUUGACAUACAUAAGAAAUGGUAUUUGAAAGUUUAGUGCCAUGACAUGAAAUGGGAAUUUAACAGAAAUUUUACAGGAGAUGCUUUUAUAAUAAAGCUACAUUUUGUCAUUCUCCUAUGAUGGGACUAUUAAAUAAUUUGAAGUGCUGAAAGCUAUGACUGGGGUUCAUUUGAAAAUAUAUUUUGGUCGGAUACCAGCUAUGAUUGAAUAUCCUUGUUACCCUGUAUUAAAAUAAUACAAAAUAUUUGACUGAAACAAUGCUCAAAUAUGGUCCAAUAAGACCAAACUAAAUUAAUGCGGCCUAGGAGUAGGUAGGCCUGAUUCGACAGAACUUAAAAUAUAAGUUCUCUUUGAAUCAGGUCUCCACAUUGUGUAAAAUUUAAGUUAAUUUAUGCUCAAAUUUAGUUCCUAGAAAUAAACUUGCAAUAUAAGAAAGGUAGUUUUAUUGGAAGUUAUUACAGCGUGGGAUAAGUUUAAGGGUAUUUUAUAGGCGAAGUUCGCUCAGGAAGCGUAAAAUUGUGUUAUAUGGGGGUCCAGAGAGCGUCGUGUUUAUGUGAUGUGAUGUAACGUUCGCGGACCUCGGGAAUAAACGUUCGACAAACCUCCACGACUAAGGAGCGGCGUGCACUGCCCACUAACAGGCCGCCAGGGAAUAACAGGGAAUAUAUUAGAUAAAUGUACGGUAAACAUGUAUCGCUUAUUGCUGGCAGGUGGUAGGACAUACAUAUUUACGUACAUUAUAUAAAAUGGUACUUUUUUCUUUUUACAAUUGUUUUCUCAAGAUCCUAUGAUGCUUUGUUGAUUAAGGCUACAAUGUUUUAUCAUUGUGCUCAUGAUUGAAGAAACUGGAAAGUUUUUCAGUCCUACUAAGCAUUAAAGCAGCAAUCUGUGACUCAUCAGUGUUUAAAAAUAGUGACGCAAUUAUAUGGAAAAAAUAUGGAACCUAUUUUUAGUUUAUAAGUACGUUUAACAAUGUAACUUUAUCGUGCAAGGCUGGAAGAUGUUAAAGUACUAGGAGCAUCGUUGUCAAUAUACAGGUAUAUUUUUAUUAUUGGUAUUUUUAAAGUCGUGAGGUGUGUCUGUGUGCGUGGUGCGCACGCGGCUCGCCAGCGUCCAGGGUUCGAUGCCCGGCCGCGACCACUCGUUGCUAGGACAUGCACAGGAUGUCGCUAUUAUGCUGCCUUUACUACCACGACUUUCCUCGCUUAUUGCUACUUAAAAUAUAAUGUUUUAUUGCGUCAAUCGUUACAUCAGAGUAUUGUUCGUUUGCAGCUUUUAUUUUAAGAGUAAUUCUAUGGCAGUAAACUCGUGUUUUACACGCUUCUUCGUUUGAUGUAGCGUGUACUGCCUUCAAGCGUUGUUGAUAUUAACGUUUGGACUCAACCUGAAGUUAAGAUGACUAAGCGCUCCGUAAAUAAUAAUUAAAUAUCUAUCUAUGAGUUCACCAUCGUCCAAGUAUGCCUUUAUUGUCUACGGAGCUAAUUGAACAUAGGAUUAUGCAUGUGUUUUUAUGAGUUACUUUGUACUAAGUCGAGGCCUU